AUGUCAGACUCAGAUCCCUUGCUGAGUGAUCUCUGCUCAAUAUGCCAUGUCAAUCCUCCUAAAUACCGCUGUCCACGCUGCUCAACACGCACCUGCUCUCUUCCCUGCACACGUCGCCACAAACUUUGGUCGCAAUGCUCAGGCGUGCGUGAUCCAGCUGCAUAUCUAAAGCGCCAUGAAUUAGCCACCGAAUCCGCGUUCGACCGCGACUUUAAUUUCAUCACCGGGAUCGAGCGCACCCUCGAGCGCGCGGAGAGAGAAGUCGAUAACCGCGGGAUUGAUCUUACGGGCGGUCCCCAGGCCGAUGAUAAUGAGACUACUGGCCGUAAGAGGAAGCACCCGAACCAAGGCCUUGCCAAGGGCGAAGCUGCGUUCUUGCGCGGAACAGAGGCUGCUGGUGUGAGAGUUCUCCGAGCUCCGAAGGGAAUGUCGAGGAAUAAGCAGAAUGGGUCGCGUUUACAUCCCAAGCAUAAGCGUCUUGCUUGGACCAUAGAGUGGAUUACGGCUGAUGGGGUGAAGACUAUUCGUGAUUCUGUCGUUGUCAUUGAUUCAUGUUCUGUCGCCGAAGCCUAUAACCGAUGCUGCCCGCGCCCGAAGGAUCAAGAGCCAGUCAUUGAGCUAGGGAAGGAAGAGAAGAAAGAAGAUUUGGACACGCCUAAUACGACUAUUGCUGCAGCUAGUGAUGCUGCCACGACAGGGAUUGAAGCGGCAGAAACACAACCACCACCAUCCCAGAUCGAAGACUCUGCAAAGGAACCAGCAGAAGUCUCAACUGAGCAAACGGAUAAAGCACCAGAUCAGACCGUCGCCCCUCACCGCGGUCUUUACUUCUACCUUCACCGUCCUCGAACAACAACCAAAAAGCCUGUCUUAACUCCUCUCUUGCAAUCAUCGACGCUAAAUACUGUUCUGCGCAAUCGGACUGUCUUAGAAUUCCCUACGAUUUAUGCACUACCAGAGUCAGCAGAGACACUGUUUGCAGACAAAGAUAACUCCAAAUUCAUACUGGAGGAAGACUACCUUCGGACCGCUGAACCAGAGGAGAUAGGUCAGUCUUCUACCACGAGUGACGAUGAUGACGCUGGAAACGAAGCUGUCACUGGCUCGGCGAACCUCCAAAAUAUCGAUGAGAAGCUAGUGCUGGAAGUCUUGAAGCAAGAUCUCUUUGAACCAGUCCCGGAGAGCGGGCCAGCGGUUUGA